AUGCGACAUGGUCUUCUGUCGCCCAUCUCAAUGGCUUUGCUUAGCCAAAUAAUGAUUCUGCCUGCGACGGCCGUGGCAAUGGCCAAGCAGAUGAUGCCCACAUCUACCAACAUCGACCUGACUUUGACGCCGCUGUUUGACGGAGAUCAGGGCAGCGCUUCGGCCAUCAAUGUAAAUCAAGUUAUAUGGGGACGAGCGUUCCGACAGGGACAAGAUGUGUUCGCGCUGCCCAUCAACACUGUCAACAUCGACAUGGGAUACGUCUCAGACGCGGGCGUUUUGUUUUCUGAUGCCGAGGGGGAGCUACAGGCAACGGAGCGCAUCGGGACGUCUGGCCCAUCCACGGCCCGGGUCUGGAAAGCUGGCCGCCCGACUGUUGGAAAUGUCAGUAUUGUCUAUACAGCCCUUCCGCGGCUCAUCUCGAGAGGGACGAAAAACGGCCCCGCCCUCGACUUCCGGCUGGAUCAGGGCGGGCUGGUCGGCUCGGGCAUGGCAUUCUUGGGAGCGCCUCCGUACGAGCCGGAAGCGCCGGUCCACACGACUCUCCAGUGGGAUCUGUCAAGGAGUCCUGAGGGAACGUUGGCCGCAUGGUCAAUGGGAGACGGCGAGGGCCCCUUCGAAAUAGCCACCGAGAGUCUUCUUGGUAUUGCUUCUGGCGUGCAGGAAGCGUACUUUGCCGUCGGCCCUUUGAAUCGACUGACCUCUCCUGACGACUACAUGUAUACAGACGAGGCCGACGUCUUCAACAUGUACUGGUUUGGCACUCCAACCUUUGACCCCUUGCCGCUGGGGGUGCGCCUUAAGAAGCUGUUCCGAGAAAUGUCUAUUUUCUUCCAGGACAAGGGGAACAGCUAUCGUAUCUUCCUGCGGCACAACCCGUUCCGGGGCUCUCUGACGGGGACUGCGCUCCGUCGAUCCUUUAUGUACGGCUACGAUGACUCUGAAUGGGACUGUCCUCCGACUUUGCAGGACCGCGAGGCGGUGCUGGCGCAUGAGAUGGUCCACAACUGGGUCUUACUCACCCAGGACGGCGUGGCCGAUAAUUGGUACCAUGAAGGGCUUGCCGAGUAUUAUCAAGUUCUCCUCCGCUUCCGCUUCGGCAAUCUGUCGGCACGGGAGUACUUGGAGCAGGUCAACGAGAAGCUGGUUGCCUAUUAUACGAGCCCGUUGGUCACCUGGCCUCUGGAGCGAGUGCAGAAGGUGACUUGGAAUAUGACGGAUGCACAGCGCGUGCCGUACUUGCGAGGGUUUACCUUUGCGCUUCAUGUCAAUGACCUCCUUCGUAGUGCUGGACAUUCUAUCGACGACCUGGUCCGGACCCUUGCGGACAAAAUGCAAGUUGGAGAGAGUGUUGGGGUGGAAGACUACCUGAAACUUCUCUCGCAGUUGCUUGGCGACGAUAAAUCCAGAGCGGAUACGCUCGUGAUGGAAAUGAAAGAGGGCAAGUUGCUGACUCCAGGAGCUCACAGCCUGGAACAACUUCCCUUCCAGGCCCGACUUGUCCGGCACGAACUGGAAAAGUUUGAGCUUGGCUUCGACGAGAGCUCGUUGCUCCAAGGCCCACACAUUGUGAAGGGGCUGAUUCAGGGCUCCCGAGCACAACUGGCCGGGCUGCAGAACGGAGACCGUAUUCAGCUGGAGUGUGGAUCGACGCAUUUGACAGUGCGAGCCGAGAUAAGUGCGACAUUGAAGCUCAAGGUCUUCCGAGACGGAAGCGCGCCGUUUGUCGUCGAGUUUUGGCCUCGGUCACAGGACAAGGUCGAGGCAUACCAGUAUGAAGUGGUUGAGAAUGAGGAGUUAUGA